GGUUCUCCGUAUAUGUCUAUAGCUAUCUGCCGUUAAGGUUUUCACAGUUCACCAUGGAAAUCAUUUGUCCCAUUGAUGAACAGUUCGCGCCGCAAAUUUCAGCUCUUCUCCAAUCUCCUCCUUCUCAAAUUGCCCAGGAAUAUUUUGAUAAUUUGCUUGCCACAAGGAAUUGCCAUGGAAUUAGAGUUAAAGUUGACGGUCAUAUUGGAAAGGGAGUAUAUGCUGAUGCUGAGUUUAAAGCUGGAGAACUUGUGUUGAAAGACCAAAUGCUUGUGGGUUCUCAACACACUGAAAACAAGAUGGACUGUUAUGUAUGUGCCUCGUGUUUUCGUUUUAUAGGAUCUAUUGAACUUCAAAUCGGUAGAAAACUCUAUUUCGAUAGACUUGGUGUUCCCUCCGGCAAUCAUUGUCAUAGUGACUCAUCUAAUGGGGAAGAUGAUUCUUGCGUAGUAGAAAAUAAUCAUGGAGAAUGUUCUACCUCUGGUUCUCAGAACAAAAUUCCACUUUCUCAAGAAUUUAUCGAGUCACUAGUGGAUGGUCAAUUCUCAUUACCUUACUCUGAAAAAUUUCCUUUACCUGUGCCAACUCCAUGUUGUGGCUGGUGUGGAGAAGAGUAUUACUGCAGCCAACAUUGUGCCAAAAUUGACUGGGAAACCAGUCAUUCUUUACUAUGUAUGGGGGAGAAGUCAAAAUUAUCACGUAGGAAGGCACUGUCCAAGUUUGUAGAGCAUGCAAAUGACACAAAUGACAUCUUUAUUCUUGCUGCUAAGGUCAUUGCUAUGACUGUCCUGAGAUAUAAGAAUUUGAAGGAAGCUCAUCUUAAAGAAGUAGGCUUAGAAUCCAAUAAUGCUACCGUUGAUUUAUCAUUGCUUCUGGAAUCAUGGAAACCAGUGUCUAUGGGAUACAAGAAAAGGUGGUGGGAUUGCAUUGCAUUACCUGAAGAUGUUGACGAAAUUGAUGAAGUUGCAUUUAGAUUGGAGAUUAAACAACUGGCAUUUGAGUCUUUGCAGCUCUUGAAAGUAGCCAUAUAUGAUGAAGAGUGUGCACCUUUGUUCUCCCUGGAUAUAUAUGGACAUAUCAUUGGCAUGUUUGAGUUGAAUAAUCUUGACUUAGUCGUGGCCUCUCCAAUCGAAGAUUAUUUUAUUUACGUAGAUGAUCUUCCUGAAUCUCAAAAGAAAGAAGCGGAAGCUUUAACUCGACCAAUAUUGGAUGCUCUUGGUGAUGGCUAUUCAAUUUGUUGUCAAGGAACUGCAUUUUACCCUAUUCAAAGUUGUAUGAACCAUUCUUGUUGUCCAAAUGCAAAAGCAUUCAAGAGAGAGGAGGAUAAGGACGGUCGGGCGACAGUAGUUGCGCUAUGUCCCAUUCAAGUAGGAGACGAGGUAACCAUUUCAUAUAUUGAUGAGGAUUUGCCGUAUGAGGAGAGGCAGAAACUACUUGCUGAUUAUGGCUUUAGAUGCAAAUGUGCUAAGUGCAUAGAAGAGGCGAACAACUAAAACUCGGCAUUGUGGAGAUCAGAUAGCGAUGUUGGCUUUUGCUCAUACCAAUCAAAGAUAAACGGUAUAAAUCAUUUAGAAAGACAAGAUUAGAGGGUAGCAGAUUCGAUAAAUUAAAUCGGUUUGAGAUCGACUAUACCCAAUCCAAGGUUUGGAAGUUACUCUUGAUAGAAGUAUAAGGUAUUAGACUAUCAUUUAAAUUGAGAUUAUUUUGUUAAGUUCAUUUAUAUCUAUUUAUCGACCCUUUCUCAUAGCGGUGGAGCUAAAAUACUCAUUAUUUUUGAGGUCCUGUUUGUUUUAUAUAUUUUCGAAAUUUAGGGCCUAAAAACAAAUUAUUGAAUUAACCGAAAUGUAACACAAACUAAAAUUUUUGAUCUCUUUGGGAUAACUAUGGAUACUUGUCUUAACACAAUUUUUGCUG